AGUGCUGUGUGUGAUUACGAAAUUUACGAUCAAAUAGAUACCAAUGUGAAUAUUGAGUUUACCGAAAGUUUUUAUAAAAUAACUGAUAUCAUGUUUUCCUUUCGAUUUUUUAUUGCUUUGUGCCUUGUGCUAAUGAUAGUUAAGGACACAUUGUCCUUGGGUGAAAACGCACAACAAACGUCCAGCGGCGAUGAGCAAAAGAAAGCAUUGGAAACACAAAAUAAUGCCAACAAUUCCAGUACUUCCUCUGUACCAAUAGUUGGUGGGAGUGAAUCAAAAAUAAACCAAACAUGGAUAUCUGGUAGCGGUCCAAAGACCAGCUUCAUUCUAAACAAAGAGGCACUUAUCAGAAGCUUCUAUGUCUUUGGUGGCUUAUGCUUUUUGGCCAUUCUCUACUUUGUCUUCAGAACCUGUCGUUUAAGAAGAAGAAGAGGAACUGCCAGGAGAACAGGCACUCGCAAAUAUCAUCCUCUUAAUGCAGGAUCAGGUAGCCAAGAAAUGGAACCUCUUGGAGAUGGACGUGAUGAUGAUGAGGAUGAAGACACACUAUUCGAUACAUCCCAGCCCUCAAAUGUAGCCCACCCUACUCCAUCUUUUGGAAUUUAAACAUGUCUUCAGUAUAUCCCCUCUUCAGAGUUAUUUACAUUCGGACUGGUAUUUAAUUUUUCCUCUCGUGCAUAACUUUCCAGCAUUAUUCGUCGUGAUCGUGAUUUGCCGUAACAAUAGGGUCCUAAUUGAAAUUUAGCACGUUGGAAACAUUAUCACGUGGUCCGUUCGUGCAUUCCAAUAUCGUGUCGCUCGUGUAAAACCGACAAGUAAGAUUUCCGCAACCGAACAUAGCGACGAAUAUAAAUCUGGUUUACUUUGUCA